GGGGCGCUGCUGCGGUUCCUGUACGGCGCCCACACCCACGUCCCUGCAGGGCUGCGCCCCCAGCUCGGGGCUCUGGCCGCCAGGUUUGGUGUGAAGGAACUGAUGGCAAUAUGUGAAAACAACACGGGAGAAAGUCAGGUGUCUUCUGGAGUGGAUUCAGAAGAUGAUCUUAUCUCUGUGAGGGAUGACAAAGAAUGUGAGGACAGGGCUGAGAACUUCCAGGACCUCUUGAAGUCAGUGUGGGUGGGUGAAGAUGAGGAAGAAGUAGCUAUGCUGAGCCCUGAAUGCCAGAAGGAAGAUGACAAUGGGGUGGGUGAACAGGAGCUGGAGGAAAUCUAUGAGUUUGCUGCGACUCAGAGAAAGAUGGUUCAAGGUGAGCCAGAGGUGAGUGAGGAAACAGAUUGCAGCAUCUGCAGUGACACUGAGACAGCCCACAGUCCAGAGCAGCAAACUGAGGGAGAAGAGUUAAAGAGAUCUGAAUCUGCUUCAAUAAGCAACAGCUUCAAAGAUUUGAGGGAUGACAAUGAUGUGGAAAGAUCUAAAUGUAAUUCCUCUGCACAUGAAGAGAAAGUGCAGAAUAUAAAUAGGUGUGAGAGCAUGAAUGAUCCACAGACUGCUUUUGUGCCUCACCACAGUGAACCUCAAAACUGGGACGUAGCACCCCAUGGUGCCACUGCUAAGGAAGGAGAGCCUGUUAGAUGUGAAGAUGUGAAGGCUUCCAAGUCAUCUCAGGUCUCACAGGAUGAGGUAGAUCACUGUGGAAAACACUCUCCAAGCUUCCACGGAGAUACUAAUACAAAUGAAAGUUAUGAAUGCUUGUUUCCUGCAACUCAGGGAGGUUGCUGUGAGCCUUGCCUGGUGGGAGAAGCACCUGCUGAAAAGCAUGUUGAUGUUGAUGAGCCACUUCUAUCCAGCAGGUCACAAACAGACCUCUCUCCACGCAGGAAUGGUUUUUAUGGGAGUCCUCCUCCCAAACCUUACGUGCCCCUUUCUCCUGCUGUUGGCUUCUCACCUGCAUCUCCAAAAUCACAGAGAAAGUUUGCCAGGAAACACAUGUCAAUACCAAAGCAAAAGAAAAAGGAAAACUCAGUCCCUUCUGAUGAAAUACAAGUCCAGAAAGCCAACGAGAUGGAUACUGCACCAGGAAAUGAGGAUGCAAUUUCUCCAGCAGAGCUUCCCCACACUGAGUUAAACAAGCACACAAAUGCCCCACUGUUGCCAUCGCUGGCCAUCAGAGCUCAGGAUGCUACAGCUCAGGGGAACAAGGAGGGUGAUGUCAUUGUUUUAUCUUCUGAUGAUGAAAUGGAGUUGCAGCAAGACAGGGAGUCCCCAGAGUCAGGCUCUGCUCCGGAGGAAGGGGAGAUCCCUCAGCAACUGGAAUGUACAAGCAGGGAACAAGAUCCUGAGAUAUCAAACCCUGAACAUAACCCCUCAGUCACUGAAACAGAGCAGAGGUCAGCCCAGGUCUCCUGUGGCGUUACAGGUACAGUGCAUGUAAGGAAUGAUUUAAAGGUGUCCACCCAGUUGCCUCUCAGCAGACAAACAGAGGCUUGGAUGGAGAGCAGACAGAGUCCAAACCUGAGCACUGAUAAACGGCUCAGUCACGAAAUGUCCUCAGGUACAGACUGCUCCUGGCUGGUCCAAGACACCCCACUUCUGAGCAGAAGCAGAAGUUCCUCAACACAGACUCGGGUCACAAGUAUUAAUUCUGUAAAGAGUCCAGGAUCUGAACGCAGUACAAAGAACUUAGCAGCAGGUAGCAGGAACCAUGAAAUGUCUGGAAACUUGAUAAAAAUUCAUGAAACAACAUUGCCAGACAAACAUUUGCCUGUGGAGAACGGAGUCAGUGAGAGGAGCCCUUCCAGAAACAACUCCCCACCCAUUUCUCCAGUGGAUCCAGUUCUCCUCUCCCCUGGCCACACCAACAUAAAAAGCCAAUGUGCCAAUAUCUCCUUUUUAUCCAAACCUGACCCUCUGUGCCACGAGCAGUCUCUGGAAGAUAAACCAGAUAGCAGCGUGGUCGAGGUGGAGGACAGUGAGAAGGAGACAAGCUUGGCCUCGGUGAGCAGCAGCGUGGUGCUCUGCGAGGAGCCCCAGCUCCCCCUGGAUGGCUGCUGGCACACUGAGUACCUGUCCCCAGCCAGAGGUAACAGCCGUGGAGACACCAGCACUGCCAGCACCCCCAGGCCUGGCUCUUGGCACGAGCACUGGGAGAGCCCAGUCCACGCCCAGGGGAUCAUGGGCAGCACCCCGCUCCGAGGGGGUCCUGGUGGCAGAAGAACAUCUCUGCUCUGUCUUGAGAAGAGUCCUAUCGAGGCGUGUGCGUCAGUGGGCAGUAGACCGAGUUACCUGAACUCCAAAAUCUGGGAUGACUGGAAUGGAGAAGAGGAAGAUGUAUUUCCAGAGGUACUUCCUAUGGCUGAGAGGUUGACAGCUGCAGCAGGUGCCUGUCGGGCAGAUCCUGUAAAGACUCCUGAACCUUCCUGCCAGGAGAGCGACGAGGCUCCCAGCACUCCAAUGACACCAAUGCCACAUUACUCCAUGAUGGAGACACCACAGCUGAAGAAGGAGUUGAGGAGGUUUGGAGUUCGUGCUCUCCCAAAGCGCCAGAUGGUGUUGAAGCUGAAGGAGAUAUUCCAGUACACUCACCAGGACGUGGACUCGGACUUCGAGGAUGAAAUCCCAUCGUCCCAGCCUCCCCCCAAGAGGUCCCCAGCCAAAAGCUCCAGGCAGUCAAAGGCAGGAGACACUGCCAGCACCUCCAGGGCUGCAGGCAGGAGGAAGAAGGUUGCUACUGCUCCUGCAGUGCUCCCUGUGGGGAGGGCAGAGAGCGACCUUGCUGGAUCCUGUGAAGCAGGCUCUGCAGCACCCAAGGAGGGAAUUAAAACAACAUAUCACCCAGAAGGAGCCAAAGAGCAGAAACAGUCAUCUGAACUUGCAGAGAGAUGGUCUCUGGCAGCUGAUGAUGAGGAGCCAGUGCUCCCAGCAUCUCAGCAGUCUGCAGGCUCUUCAUCAGACGGAAGCGACAUUUCUUUUGAUUCAGAGAGUUCUUUCAUGAAAGGAUUUGAAGCCUGUGCUUUUGAAUCCGAGGAGGAGGAGGAGGAAGAGGAGCUUCCAGCCUCUCAGGCAGCAGCUCGGGAAGAAGAUAAGCUGGAGGCAGUAAGGUGCUACAUCCGUUCAAACACUGCCCUGUACCACAGGGUUCUCUUCUAUGAGCCAAUUGAGCUGGCUGACCUGCACACUGAGCUGAAACAGAACGGCAUUAAAAUCUCCAAGGCAAAGCUGCUGGACUUUUUAGAUGCUCACUGCAUCACAUGUACCACGGCCAGAGCCCGGAAAGAGAGGGAACAGAAAAGAAAGGGAAAGAAAAACCAGAGGAGGCGAUACUGA